AUGGCGGCCGCCCGGCUCUGCACCGCCGCCGGCUGCGGCCCCGCCCCCGCGCCACUUCCGCCGCAGGCCCCGCCCCCUCGCUCCCACUUCCGGCCUCGCCCCCUCGCAGCCCGGGCCCGCGCCGCCCGCGGGCGCGAGGGCGGGCGCGGGAGGGUGGAGGGCGGGGGGGGAAGCCGGCGCGCCUCGCUCGCGCGCUGCGGCGGAAGCCCCGCCCCCGGCGUCUCGGCCCCGCCCUCGCCACCGCCCGGGCCCCGCCCCCGCCUCGCACGCGCCCUCACCUGCGCUGGCGGCGCGCGGGGGUUGCUGCUGGCUCUCGGUCACGUGCCGGGGAUUGUCAUGGUGACGCCCAGGUGUGUCCGGAAGUGCUCGCCCUGCUUCCGGCAGCGCGCGCCACUUCCGGGGUCACUCGGGAUGCUACGUGCGGUGCGUGGCGGCGUCCGGCUCCUGCUGCCCGCGCGGGGCGGUGGCGCUGUUGAGGGAUGGGGGGGGCCGGCACCGAGCCCGGCCCCCGCCCCGCUGACCCCAUUCUGCCUCCCGCCGCAGCGGUGCCUUCAGCGGCGGCUCCUGCAACAGGUGCCCCCGCCCGCCACCCCGCCCGCCGUGGGGCGAUGGCUCCUGGCCUGCAGCGGCGCCGUGGCCGGUGCCGUGGUGCUGGGCGGUGUCACCAGGCUGACAGAAUCAGGCCUUUCUAUGGUUGACUGGCAUCUGGUGAAAGAGAUGAAACCCCCAAGAACGCAGCAGGAGUGGGAAGCCGAGUUCCAGAAGUACCAGCAGUUCCCAGAGUUUAAAAUCCUGAAUCAUGAUAUGACGCUGACAGAGUUCAAGUUCAUUUGGUACAUGGAGUAUUCGCACCGUAUGUGGGGCCGCGUUGUGGGUUUGGCCUACAUUCUGCCUGCCACCUACUUCUGGCGAAAGGGCUGGCUGAGCCGCCCCAUGAAGGGCUGUGUUCUUGCACUCUGUGGACUGGUCUGCUUCCAGGGGCUGCUGGGAUGGUACAUGGUGAAGAGCGGACUGGAAGAGAAGCCAGACUCUUAUGACAUUCCUCGGGUCAGUCAGUACCGUCUCGCAGCACAUCUCGGCUCCGCGCUAGUUCUGUACUCUGCUAGCCUGUGGACAGGGCUGUCUUUGCUGCUUCCGCAACACAAGUUGCCUGAGACCCAACAGCUCCUUCGCCUGAGACAAUUUGCUCACGGCACUACAGCUCUCAUUUUUCUUACUGCUCUUUCAGGUGCCUUUGUGGCAGGGCUGGAUGCUGGCCUUGUGUACAAUUCCUUCCCCAAAAUGGGGGAGCGCUGGAUCCCAGAUGAUCUCCUUGCUUUCUCCCCCAUGCUGAGAAAUAUGUUUGAGAAUCCUACAACUGUACAGUUUGACCACAGGGUCUUGGGAAUCGCCUCAGUCACAGCUGUCACAGCACUGUACCUCUUUUCCCGGAAGAUCCCACUCCCUCACAGGACCAGGAUGGCAGUGACUUCCUUAUUGGCUGUGGCUUGUAUGCAGGUGGGCCUGGGCAUCAGCACCCUGCUCCUGUACGUCCCCACGCCUCUGGCCGCCACGCACCAGUCGGGCUCCCUGGCACUGCUCAGCAUGGCGCUCUGGCUCAUGAGCGAGCUCCGGCGGGUCCCCAAGUAACCCACCGGAGGGAGAGCCCUCCCGGGGCAGCUGUCUGGCUGGGCCUGGAGGCGGCAGAGACCCCCACCCCGGGUGCACGGGGGGGACAUGCGCCCAGCCGGCUGUGCGCAGG